UCGCGCUCUAGCAAACCCAGGCUCGGAAGGGGCUGGACCCACUUGGGCGCCCGACUCCACUGUGUAGACGGAGAGCUGGGGGUCUCCCCACCUUUGGUCUGAGAAAAAAGGGCCUGGGAUACUGGACUCCUGAAGGAGGAAGGCAGUGGGGGCCAGAACUUCUGGGGCCAAGACUCUUCCUCAGAACCUCUCUGGACCAAAGCCCUUUGCCGGACCUCUUCCAGCCCCCAGACUACCAUGAUCCCUCCAGGCAACAUCCUGCUCCUACUUUUACUCCCAGUGGCUACAGCUCAGAUAACCCCAGGUUCCUGUUCCGGAUGUGGGCCCCUCCCGGUGCCACUCCUGGCAGGCCUUGUGGUGGCUGAUGCUGUGGUGUCUCUGCUAAUCGUGGUAACGGUGUUUGUGUGUGCCAGCUCACGUGACAGGGCCACCCAAGAAGAUGGCAAGGUCUACAUCAACAUGCCUGGCAGGGGCUGACCUCUGUAACUGGGACCUUUCACUCCCGACCCUCUCCUCCUGGAUUGUGUAUAGUGGCACAGGAAGCCCACUCCCCAUCUGGUUUGGAAUAAAGCAGCUGAAAUACCUCUACUUCUAGUUCUUCCUCAAAGGACCCAGAGUCCCCAAAGCCUCCCUCCCAGUUAGCUGUUUCUUGGUCCAUGACCCACCUCCCAGAACCCCAUAUAUCCCCGUCCCCUCAGCCCAGGGAUCUGGAAUAAUUCAACGGUGUUUUGUG